AUGUCCGCCCUCUCAGCUCCGGAUGCGCCCCUGCAGAUUGAAUGGCAGCCGGUGCCCCUCCAGCUUGAUGCCACUGGGCAGACACAGCUUGUCAAGAAGCCCAGGACCGCUUUACAGACCUACAUCCCCGGUUGCGAGCCUGCUUGGCAGGAUACCGACGAGAUUUCCGUCCAGCAAUUCUUCACAGAGCUUCAGACCUACCUCCAGCACAGCCUGCAGAAUCAGUUGACCCGGGGCAGUCAGGCCCUACUCAUUGUACAAGAGCGCCAGGCAGCACAGAAUGCUCUGAUGGCGGAAGCUCUUGAGUACAUGAGAAUGGAGGUCAACUCUGUUCAGGAAGAACUCCGGAAGUAUGUGGAGAAAGAUGAGCUGAAUGCCGAUGCCAUGGAGAUUGAGUGGACAAACCCGGCUACUCCACCGGACUUUGUGGCCGAGAUACAGAAAGCCCUUGAUGAAGGAAGACUGGUGGUGGCCAGACCAGCAACUCCGGCACCAAAUCCAGUCUCCAGGUCCUCUUCCAGAGCAGCUACCAGGACAAUGCAGCGGAAGGCCAGCCCCUUUGCAGCAUUUCCGGUCAGAUCCACUAGGAGAGUUAUUCCUAUUGUGCAGCCAGCGGUGGGAGCUUCACCCUUACCACCUAGCCGCUUCGGUGGGGUACACCCACUCCUUGGAGGAACUGACCGAUCCUUUGACUAUGAAGGAGAGUUCUUCUCAGGUGCAGGCCGAGGACCUCCCAGUCCACUAGCCAGGAACCCGGGAAGGUUCACCAUGUCUGGGGCCGCUCAACCAGCAGCAACCUCACCUUUGGCCAGCAAUCCGGCACCAGUAGCACCUGUGGCCCCUCCUGCUGCGGCCGCCGCUCCCCCUCCAGCUCAGGCACAGGGAGGAAGUGGUGGAAAUCAGAACCCUCCACCCCCAGCAGCCCGCGCUCCCGCUCCAGGAGAUCCAGACAGUUCAGACUCGGAACCAGAAGGUGGUGAUAGGAGAGGAUGGCGGAGAUAUCUUAAGAAGAAGUUGGAGAAGCAACAGAAGGACUUGUUUGCUAUUAUGUCCCAGCAGUAUCAACCUCCGGCCACCUCCCACCCUUCUACUUCCACUAGGGCCAGAGAACCAAAGGCACCACCACCUUCCAAAUUCCAGGGCAAAGCGGAGCAAGUGGAGACCUUCAUCCGGCAAUGUGAGAAUGUGUUCUCCAUUGAGAGCCUGUCAUUUACCUCUGAGGAGGUUAAGAUCCGAUAUGCAGGCAACUUGAUGGAAGGUGAGGCAGCGAUCCGAUGGUAUGAGGCAUACCACAAUUCAAUUGAUCAAGCCUCCGCCAACCGCCUUGCUGGGAUGCCGGUGCAGUUGGAUCAGAGAUGGAAGCGCUGGGAUUCCUUUGUGGAUGCUUUUAGAGCUGCCUUCGGUGAAGCCAUCUCUAGAGAUGAUGCUGUAGCCCAAUGGAAUACCCUCGCUCACACAGCUCGAGGAGGAAUAGACCUCUUCCUGAAUACUAUCAUUCAGCUGAUGUGGAAGACUGGCUAUGAGGGUCAGUUGGUGGAUGAUAAGAUUCAUAAUUCCCUCCUCCCAGACCUAGGCAUGAGUUGGGCUCUUUUUAAUCCCAAGCCAAAGUCCUUGAUGGAGCGGAUAGCUGCUCUAAGAGAGUUAGGGCACACCCAUGAGAGGUACCAAGGGAUGGCAGCUGAGAAAGCGCACCCUCGGACCAAGAAAGAUCCUCCCGCUCAGAAGGACCAGCAGCCUAAGAGGAAAAGAGAAGCUGCGAGCUCCUCUGGACCUCAGAAGACUCCUGGACCUAAGGACAAAGCGGUGGAACUGAAGGGUAUCCCGGGGGAUAUUCUAGAAGAAAGAAGGAAAGCAGAAGUAUGCUUGAAGUGCGGCAAGUCCAGACACAAAUGGACCGAUUGUUGGUCCAAGGAACCUACUGUUGUUCGAGUAGCAGCAGUGAGGGUACAAAAGCGGAAAAGAGGGAAUGGCAAGUCCAACUCUCAGAAGAAGGCUAAAGUGGCUGCUGUAGUAGCAGAGGAUCCACUUAUUGUACUCCCGGAGGUUACGGAAGAUUUUGUUUUGCAGCCUGAGCAAGACUCGGACAAUGAAAUCCUCUG